AUGGAUCGAAAUCGAAAUCGGUUAGUUUUUCCAUUCUUUAAUUUUUAAGUACAUAUUUUUUCAAGUUAUAAAAUAUGAAUUUUUAUUGCUAUUUUUGUCUAGGGAAUUAAUUCAGUCAAAGUGCGAAGAAAUAAAAAUUCUGAAUAAAAAUAUGAGGGGCGAAUUUUUGUAGAUACAAAGAAGAAAGAUAUGGCCAACAUUAUGAUAAUUAUGAUUAUGAGGAGGAUUACGGUAAUAAUGGAUAUCAUCAACAAUAUGAAGAUGAAUAUGAUCAAGGUGCACAUGAUUUUUAUGAUACUGUGCCAGCAACAAAUGUAGCGAGAAUUCAAGUUGAUCAACAGCCACAACAACAACAACAAAGAUAUGGAAAUGGAUAUGGAAAAUAUGAACAGAAAAGUGGACAUCCACAAAGAUAUAUUGAUGGAUUUCAAAAUAGUCAAAGUAUGAAUAUGUCCACUAAUAACAAUAACAGUAAAAAGAAAGAAACACCAAAUGCUGUGCGAUCAAUUAUAAAUAAUUUGAAGCAAAGUGAUUUGAAGCAACAACAACAACAAAGAGAAGAAGAGCCGACAACCAGAAAUCGAGUUUCAACAAAUCCAUUUAUGAGAGCUAAUCAGUUACAACAAAAUCAACAACGAUUUGAGCAAUUACCAAAAAAACAAGUUUCUAAAAAUGUUGCGGAAGUUGUGGAAAAAAUGAAUAAUGGAGAUUGGCCGAUUCGAAUUGAAGAUGAAAUAAACGAAGAAAAAGCAAAACAAUGGGAAACACUUCAUCGAAAAAAAGAUGAAAAAAGAAAUACUAUUUUGGAAAGUCCAAAAGGUUCUGAAAGAUCAUCUUCGAAUCAUGAAGAAGAAACAACUACAGUUUCAACAGAUUCUGCACUGUGUUCAGAGACAAUUGAAAAUACAAGAGGACCAAGUCCAUAUAAAUUGCCAGCGAGAGAAAAUUCGGAGUUAGGAGAAGAAGCGGAAAAGUUACUGUACUAUUUCAAAUCACAUCGUGAAGUUUUAAACUACUUGGGUGAGUUGAUUUUUUUUUUGGAAAAAUAUAAUUUAUAAUUUCAGGAAUUGGACUGCCUGAUCGACUUUGGCAACAUAUCAAUAAAAUGCCAAAUCAAGAAAUGAGAAUUCAAGCCAUAACUCAUUCUUCAUCAAUCCCAAAAAUUGUGACACCAACGCCAUCUACGAAAAAACAACAACAGUUAACACCAAUUCAGCAACAACCUAUUCCACAAAUAAUUCGAACAACUUCCCCAAUUCCAGUUUCAGUACCUGUUCCUCCUCCACCUCCGCCACCAAUUACACCAGAAUUCAUAAAACAACAAGAUUUAUCAAAAGGUGGAAGAUUUGUUAAGAAAUCAGCAGCUGCAUUGAUUGCGAAAAAACAAGGAAUUAUGACAGAAGAUCCCGUAUGUUUCUAUUUAAAUUAGUUUAUUCUUUGAGUAAAAUUACUAAUCUUUCAGAAUUCUGCCACUGAAAUUAUCGAUCCUCGAAUUGCUGAAGAGAUCAAGAACUUGCGAGACAGAGAGGAUGAACUAAAAAGAUCACGCGAGAAUUUAAAUUCUUCUACUGGAAUGCGUGGAGCAUCGAGUUAUGAGAGACUUGAUUCAGAUCUUGAUGUGACUAUUAAUAAAAAUACCAUCGAACGUUCGCACUCUUCACACAAUGUGUUUAUCGAAAAUACAAAUUCUGACAAUUCGCAUUCGCGUUCUCAAAAACAACAACAACAACAACAACAACAACAACAACAACAACAACAACAACAUUAUGGAACUCAAAAUUAUGGUUCAAUGCCACGAACACAUCAUCAAAGACAAGAAAGCCAAUAUUCAAAUAUGAGAAGAGACCCUGAAAUUCCACAUAAUGAUCGAGGCUAUCGAUCAUCGAGAAAUCCAGAAUUUUUUCGUACUCCGCCCCCUAUUGAGACGCAGAACACCAAUCGGCCGAAAUCAGCGUAAGUUUAAAGAAAAUGUCUUGAAACAGAAAAUGCAUGUGAAAAAAAACCAAAAAAACGUAUUUCAGUGCGGCGUUCGAAACGAAAUCACCCUAUCAUACAGGCCUACAGCUGCCACCGGCAAAUGUCUCAAUUUCAACGUAUCAACGGUAAGAAAUUAAUGUUUUGAGUGGGAAGUUUGAAAUAGUUUUGAUUUUUAUUUUGUUGAUAUAACCCUGGGCUCAAUUAAGAUUUUGCCUUGAUAUUUUCCUAAACUACAGUAGCUCUUAGAAAUAGUUUUCUUCCAUUCAAACGUGAUAAAACACUUUUUUCUCAAAAAUACUUUUGUUGCAGACCAAAUGGCUCCAAUUCCGGCUCCUCGAAAGGCGUGUAUGGUAAAUUCGACCAACGUAAAAUGGGGCUCUAA